AUGGUUAACGUAUUUCAAAAAGGUCCAUGGUUCCUCUAUGGUUUCUUCCUCUCUGUCCAAAGAUGGAUUCCUAACUUUGUAGCUUCCAAAGCAACUCAAUCUUACACGGCUAUCUGGAUCAGACUCCCCCAGCUACCCACUGAAUUCUACGACAAGGAGAUUCUACAGAAAGUGGGAAGCUCAAUUGGAAGGCUCCUUAAGGUUGAUGCUUGUACAUCAGUUGCUCUCCGAGGGAGAUAUGCCCGUCUGUGUGUGGAACUCCCCCUAAACAAACCUGUCACCCCUUUCCUCUUCAUAGACUCCCAUAAACAAUUUAUCCUCUAUGAAGGUGACAAGCUUCUCUGUACAUCCUGCGGCCUCUUAGGCCACACGAAACCACAGUGCCAUCAUCCGAAAUCCAUGCAGAAACAGGAAUCUCCAAGUAAAGACCUGGAAACACCACAAACAAGGAAUACAAAGCCAGAAGAAAUAUGGCACACAGUACCCUUCAAUAGGAGCAAACAAAGGGAUCCAACUAAAAGGACUUCCAAAUUGCCAGAUAUCUCCCAAGACCCAGGUAUUAGCGUUAACAUUUUCGAAGCCAAAUCAGGCAGGGAUUUAAGAACUGAAAAAUUCCAGAAAAUUUCUGACGGCCAAAUACUGAGAAUUACUAUUUCAUUGAGUUUGAACUUGAACUUUGAGGUCUCUUUGAAUUUGUGGAGCAAAUCUUCUGAAUUAAAAUGGAUUGAUCUUAUGGUACCUGCUCUUGAAACUCUAUUGUUUGUGAAGUUUUCCUUGAAGAAUGAACUGAGAAGCAGAAGUUUUAAAGCACAACAUUAA